AUGUCAAAACAAAACAACAACCGCGCAAUGGAAGAUGCAUUUGUGCUCUUUGUGAUUGAUCAUCUUUCACAAGUGAAAACACAAUUACAACAACAUUCAGAACAUCCGCCGACACAAGUACAAAUUCAAAAAGCACUACGAAAUUUAUGGAAUCAAGCUUCGGAACAAUUUCGAACAGAAUAUCUGAAUUCAGUGUCGGAACAACCACAUGAUCCUAUUACAUCAUUUGGUCCAUUCAUCAGCAUGGAUAACAAAAACCAUGCAUUGUGUGAAACUAAUUCCUCUCCAAUGCAACAACAAGUCAACCAAGACAUGCAUCAUCUUCAUACCAAGAAACGAAAACUCAACGACAUGAAACAACUCACAUAUUUCAAUGUUGAUAUUUUGAAAGAAAUACUUUUCUUUUUGGAUGCUCCUGAUUUUAUAAAUUCUCGACCAUGGUUGGUGUGCAAACAAUGGAAUCAAAUCUUUUUCAAGAAAGAUUCGAACUUUGCAAAACUCUAUUAUCAUUCCUAUUUCAAGUUGAAUCAAGAUCAACAACAAAGUUUGCAACAAAUGUUGAACCAUGUUGAAUUGUCGUUUCUUGAUGCUUUGAUUCUAUCAUUCCCCUACGAACGUGUCAUGAUUUCUGAAAAGGUACCAAAAUUUGCAAAACUUCGAUCCAAGCAAAAUCAAACGAUUACCAUUUUGAAAGAAAAUCUAUUCAGACAUGUCAUUAUUUUGAAUCAACAUUCUGAAAAGGUGAAAGGCAAAGAUUCUACCAUGUGUUCAAGUACCUCUGAAUAUAUUGCCUUCCUAUCCAAUGGUUAUCCCAUGCAUGUGGAAGUUGUUGUGAAAAACGAACAUGUCCAUGUUAGCUUUGAUGAGUACAAUGUCACGACCUAUUUUGAUCACAUUACCAUCCAUUUAGAAGGUUAUCAAGUCUUUACCAUUAUUUCAUAUGAUCAACUUUUGCCUGUGCUUGUUCGUGACGACGUAUCCAGGGAUUGUUUCGAAGCUGAGGGUUUGAAAUAUGUUGCAAAAUUUCUCGAAUUAGAAAUACAAGAGCGUUUAACUUUUAAACAAUUUGCAACCAUUGUGUUGUAUUGGUUGAAACAAUUGAUUCGAUUGGAACUUCCACACAGUAUUGACUAUGAGUAUGGUGUGAAAUUUGGGGAAACCAAUCAUAUUAUUGACGACGAUCAUUCUGACCAAGAUUCAACCGAAGAAACUGAAGACCAUGAUGCCCCAUACACAAGACAAUAA